CGGGGUCCCAUCAUCGCGAGUCGCCCCGCUUUUGUUCAUCCAUUUUCAGCAAGUCCGCCGUGCAGACGCGCCGUUCAUCCGCAGGAGACGACGGCGUACCUCCGCCCGCGCCACAAGCACACGGGAGCCUCAUGCGAAAGCGCACUCGGCGAAGCGGAUAAGCGCGCCGUAGUUACGCAACCGGACUAUCUUCUUCUUUUUCUUCUUCUUCUUCUUCUCCUCCCCCCGCGCGCUGCCGUUGGCCCUCGCGCGUCGUUUCGCUCCACACCGAACCUCCGUGGCGGAAAACUGAUUUUUUUUUUUUUAAAAAGUCAAGAUGGAGAACGACGGCAAAUAUCUCCCCGAGCUCCUCGCCGAGAAGGAUAGCCUGGACUCGUCGUUCACACACGCCAUGAAACUUUUGACAGCGGAAAUUGAUAGAAUCCAGAAAGGGGAGCCCAAAAAGGAAGGAGAAACAUACCUGGACCUUUUCACAACAAAGAAUAUCAAACUUAAGGAACGGGUGCUCAUACCUGUUAAACAGUAUCCGAAGUUCAAUUUCGUGGGAAAAAUUCUGGGACCCCAGGGCAACACAAUCAAACGUCUGCAGGAGGAGACUGGAGCCAAGAUCUCUGUGCUGGGCAAGGGAUCCAUGAGAGACAAGUCCAAGGAAGAGGGGUUGAGGAAAGGUGGGGAGCCCAAGUAUGCCCACUUGUCCAUGGAACUGCAUGUAUUCAUCGAGGUAUUUGCUCCUGUGCCUGAGGCCUACCUACGCAUGGCCCAUGCCAUGGAGGAAGUCAAGAAGUUCCUGUUUCCUGACAUGAUGGAUGAUAUCUGCCAAGAGCAAUUCUUGGAGAUGGGCUACCUGAACGGAGGCCAGGAGCAUGGAGCUCGAGGCAGAGGAGGUAUGCCGGUAAGGGGUCGUGGAGGACCCCCUGCUGGAGUACCCAGGGGUCGAGGUAUGCCCCCUCGCGGUGGUGCCGCAAGGGGCGGCAUAACUCGGGGAGGCCCAACCAGAGGUGGGCCGGUGAGGGGGGCACCGGCAGGGAGAGGAGGACCCCCUGCAGCUCCUUCCAGGGGAGCGGCAGCACCCCGGGCCAGGCCCCCAACUGCUGGACCCCCCCAGAGGAUGGCCCCUCCACCCUCCCAUCAGCACGCCCCCGCUGCAGCUGAAACAUAUGAGGAUUAUGCCUACGAUGAGGGCUACACAGAGCCGACCUACGAGUCAUACGACAGCUACUACAGUCAGCCACAGGCAGAACCAGAAUACUAUGACUAUGGGCAUGGUGAGACAACAGAGUCAUAUGAGUCCUACGGCCAGGAUGAUUGGAAUGGUACCCAGAGGUCAACCCCGGGGAAGGCCCCCCCUCCCCCCAGAGCUACCAAGACGCCUUACAGGGAUCACCCCUACAGACAAUACUGAGGCGGCCCUGCCAACCUUUGUUACCCUGACUGCCGCCCGUCUGCCACGGCAGCUCUCGCUUUAAGCAGCCGACAAAAGUAAUUUUCCAUUUUGUCUUUGGUUUGGUCCUUUCUUACACUGGACUCCUUUACAAGAAAGGGAAAAUCGGAACUGAUCGAAACUGGUUUUAUGAGGCGAUGCCCGCUUCCCCCAUCCCUCUGCCCUCUCACAAGUGAUUUUCGGAGAAUUAGAAAGUUGUUUUGUUUUUGUUUUUCUCCUUUUUGAUUUCAGUUUUUUGUUUUUGUUUUUUUGUUUUUUUUUUCCUGAAGUUACUUCUUUCUGACCCUAUUAUCCCUCCUGGCUUGUUUUGCAUUGUUGACCAUUUCUUAAACUGUUCUGGAUUAGUCAUUUUUAAUAGGGUUAGUGGCUCCUCAUCCUCUUUUUAGUGUCAAAGCAAACAUAUUAAUUUUUUUUGUUUUUUUGUUUUUUAAAUCUGUCGAGGGUCAGUUGCAGAUUCCCAUGUAGGCUACAUUUCAAAAUUCUGUUCUAAUAUAGCCAAAUAAAAGAGCCGUUAAACUUUCAAUCUUGUAAUGUAGAAACAAACAAAAAAGAAAACACAAAACAUCUUUAAAUAAAGUGAAGGAAAAAGAAUCGGUGUUAAUGGAUUUCAGUUCAAUUCAUUCUUGAUGAUGCUUCCCAUUUGUUUUUUAAAUAGCUCUAAAACGUUGCUCAUUUAGACUUAGGCAGCAAUAUUUGUUCCUGUAUUUAGAGUUUUGAAAUAUAGCCCUAAUAGACACUGUCGAGAUGGACUGUCCUCAUAUCCUUAAUUUGUUUUAAAUGUUAAAGAGAUGAUGUCAAGAAUGAAGACAAGAAGAAAAAAAAACUUUUUUUUUUAAAAAUUUAUAAGAACAUGGCCAGGAAGAUGGCCUCCUGUUAUGCUUAACCCGGUUCAGGUCUUUAUUUGGUGAUCUGGCUCUCUAUAUAAACUGCAUGCACCAAGUACACAAAAGAAGGAUUGGGACAAAAAUCUCCACAUGGGUCUUCUCUUUCUACAGAGAAGGGAUCCUGCAGCUUAAUCCGAACUAUUGUACAUAUUUUAAAAACGUUCAAACUGUACUUACUCUGCCAGUAGUAUCUGUACCCUCUCCAUAAAAUGCAUUAUUAUGUGUAAGCUUGCCUAAAUAGGUAACUAAAUCUGUCCAAAAGAUGUUUUGCAGCAGUUUGUCAAUAAAGCUUAGUUUGUUUUUAUGAAACUUUAA